AUGAGGAUUUACCAGGAGGAAAAGAGUAGAGCUUUGAAGAAGACGCGGAAUGUUCUUGUAAAAUUCUCAGAGGCCCUUUUGUUUCCCGAGAGUAAGCAGCAAGCACCUGAAUAUGACAGUGAAGUGAUGGGAAGAGAUCUCAGUCAGAAUCUUAGAAACGAGAGCAGGUGGAGCCAAGCAGCUGUGUUGCCUAGUUUUCACUGCCCAAUGAGCAUCUCAGACGUGAAAAUGAGGACAUCAAUUGAGAAAAUCCGGAGUCUGAGAUUGAUAACUGCCAUCAAAACUCCAUACCUCCCCAAUGGCCAAAUUGAUCUUGAAGCAUAUGAUAACUUGGUGAACUUCCAGAUUGCACAUGGCAUUGAAGGUAUCAUUGUUGCUGGCACAACAGGUGAAGGCCAAUUGAUGAGCUUGAGUGAUAAAAUAAUGCUAAUUGGUCACACAGUUCACAAUUUUGGUGACAAAGUUAAAGUCAUUGGUAACACAGGAAGCAACUCCACAUCACAAGCAAUUAGCAUCACUGAACAGGGUUUUGCUGUUGGAAUGCAUGUUGCACUUCAAAUCAACCCUUACUAUGGAAGAACCUCAAUGGAUGGUUUGAUUGCUCACUAUAACUCUCUGCUUUCUAUAGGCCCUGUGAUUAUAUAUAACAUACCCUCAAGAACUUCACAAGAUGUUCCUCCUAGUGUGGUUGAAACCUUGGCACCAAAUCCUAACUUUGUUGGUGUGAAAGAGUGUGGGGGAAUUGACAGGGUGAAACUGUAUGCAGAUAAAGGAAUUGUUGUGUGGACUGCUAAUCAAAGAGAAAUGCAUGAUGGGGCUAUUGGAGACAUGUCUGCUGUCAGCAACCUUGUUCCUGGUUUAAUGAGAGAGCUUAUGUGUGGGGGAAAGAAUCCAUCAUUGAGUUCAAAGCUUGAGACUUUGUUUGAUUGGUUUUCCCUUGAGCCAAUCCCAAUUGCUUUGAACACUGCUCUUGCUCAACUUGGGGUUACCAAGCCAGUUUUUAGGCUGCCAUUUGUGCCUCUCCCUCAGGAAAAGAGGGUGGAGUUUGCCAAGUUGGUGAAGGAAAUGGGCAGAGAGCAUUUUGUUGGGGAAAAAGAUGUUGAAGUUCUUGAUGACCAUGAUUUUAUCAUUGUUGAUCGAUAUUGAUUUAGAUUUCCCUUUUCAAGUCAUGUUUGAUGUUACUGUUAAGUUUGUAUUUGUUUGUACCACCAACUAUGAGUGGUGAAACGGGUUGGAUUAGGUGUGUUGGUGGGUUGGAUAUCUCCAACCCAUCUCAUCAAAAAAUGGUGGGCUAAAGUAGACUAAUUAGUCAGGUGGAGCUCAUUUUAUCAUCUCUGAGAUUUGUGUUAUUAGAAUUCAUUUUAGUAUUUGACAAAUAGGUCUGAAAUUCGACUGAGAUGGAAGAAACAUAUGCUCUCGGUUUAUUUCAUGUUUAUUAUGUUUUUUUAAGAGGUUGAAUAAAUUUGUAGCCCCUUCAUUUCA